AACAUUCGACUGAGAUAUCCGCGGGACACUCACAAAUCACUUGUGGAAGCACCCUGGUGUUGGAUUUUCGCAUGGGGAUUCUUCCAAGCAUCUUCUCCAUGCCGCGGGAAAGACCGCCGGAGUCAACGGGGUCAAUACACCGCUACUGCCUACUAGUACUCACCGUCCUCCACGGUCCUGGCGACAACGCAACAAGGCGUUCCUUCUCUCGGUGCUUCCUCAAGGCUUAACCUCGGAGACUUCGACGGCGGCCGCACGCGACGCGCUCGGGAAAGCAGCAUCGAGCUCGACGAGCCGGCCGGCGGAGAUCCAGGAAGGAAGCGGCGGACCGCGAUGGAGCUGGCCGUUGACCCCGCGCCGCGCGCUCCGGCGCCGCCUGCCGUUGACCCCGAGCAGGGAGCUCCGAAGCCGGCGGCCGUCGAUGGCGCGGCGGCGGAGGCGGAGUUCCUGUGGGAGCAGCGCAAGUACGUGCUGCUGCAGGCCACGCUGGCGGCCACGGUCACCUACGCGGCGGGGCUGAGCCCGCCGGGCGGCUUCUGGCCCGACAACGUCAAGGGAUUGCUGGCCGGCGACCCGGUGCUCCGCGUGACGUACCCGCGGCGCUACCAGGCCUUCUUCUACUGCAACGCGACGGCCUUCGUGGCGUCCCUGGUGACCGUGAACCUCCUGCUGGUCCGCUCUCUCUCCCACCGCCGCCGCUGGCUGCGCGCGCUCCAGGCCGCCAUGGUGCUCGACCAGUUCGGCCUCAUGGCCGCCUACGCCGCCGGCAGCUGCAGGGACACCGCCAUGUCCGCCUACGUCUUCGUCCUCGUCGCCCUCGUCGCCGCCUACGUCACCGCCCACGUCCUCUUCUUCAGACUCAGACCGCCGCCCCUCGCCGCUGCCGGCCAUGCCGAUGCCGAUGCCGAUGCCGAUGCCGAUGCCGCUGCCGGUGCCGCUGCCGGCGUUGACAAUGCCGCUGCCGCCACGCCGGGCACGGGGAGGAAGGACAGCGUGGACCGCGCGCGCAAGCACCUGCUAAUCUUCGCGACGCUGGCGGCGACCGUGACGUACUCGGCGGGGCUGAGCACGCCGGGCGGGUUCUGGCCGGGCAGCAGCGAGGACGGCGAACACCUGGCGGGCGACCCCUUGCUGCGCCUCCACCACCCGGACCGCUUCAUGGUCUUCUUCUACUCCAACACCACCGCCUUUGUCUCCUCGCUGGUCGUCAUCAUGCUGCUCAUGAGCAGCACGCUGUCGCGGCACGGGCUCCGCUCGAGCGCGCUCUGGGUGUGCGCCGGCGCCGCCAUGGCGGGGCUCAUGGGCGCCUUCGCCUCCGGCAGCUGCCGCAGCGUCAAGACCUCCAUAUUCGUCGUCUCCCUUGUGGCCGCCGUGCUCUUCUACAUCGGCAUCCAAAUCCUCGUCUUCCUCUGCGAGCCCGUCAAGAUCUUAAUCCACGACUUCCAAGAAGCGCUUGAAAGCUACUUGCAAUUCAGGAGAUUGGGGGAGCAGAUUCACCAACACCAGCAGCAGCAAAGCAGAGUGGCGUUCGAGCACGGCGGCGAUGGCGACACCGCCGCCUACCAGAUCCUCCGCAAGUCGCGGAUGUACCUGCUCCUGCUGGGGAUUCUCGCGGCAAGCGUGACGUACCAAGCUGGACUGAACCCUCCUGGGGGAUUCUGGCAAGGCGACGCCGCCGAUGGCAUUCACCAUUACCUGGCGGGCGACCCGAUCCUCCACAUCACGUACCCGCGGCGGUACCUGGUCUUCUUCUACUGCAACGCCACGGCCUUCGUGGCCUCCCUCGUCAUCCUCAUCCUGCUCCUCAGCAACAUAUUCAGCACCCACGGGAUCAAGUACUGCGCGCUGCAGGUCGCCAUGAUCCUCGACCUCUUCGGCCUCGUCGGCGCCUACGCCGCAGGGAGCUGCCGGCAGGCGUCCAAGUCCGUCUACGUCGCCGUCAUCGUCGUGCCCGUGUUCCUCUACGUCGGCAUCCAUGUCGUCGUCUUCAUGGUCAAGUCCUUCCCGGCUUGCGCGGCAUGGCGGGAAGACACGAGGGCGGCAAUGGAGCGACGCGCGCCAGAGUGGCUCAAGGAGGUGUUCGAGCGGCACCCCGAGGGGGACGAGGCCAUGGAACGGAAGCUCGAGAAGAGGCGCAAGCUUCUGCUGCUCCUCGCGAUCCUCGCGGCGAGUUUGACGUACCAGGCCGGCAUGAGCCCCCCAGGAGGCUUCUGGCAGGAGAACGAGUCCGGCCAUGUCGUCGGCAACCCGACGCUGAGCGACAACUACCGGCGCCGGUACCUGGCCUUCUUCUACUGCAACGCGACGGCCUUCGUGGCGUCGCUCGCCAUCAUCAUGCUGCUGGUGAACAGGAAUCUCUCGGCGAGAGGGAUCCGGUGCUACGCGCUGCGGGUGUGCGUCAUCCUCGACCUCUUCGGCCUCAUGGGCGCCUUCGCCGCCGGGAGCUGCCGCAAGGUGUCCACGUCAGUCUACGUCAUCGCGCUCAUCCUCGCGGUCCUUCUCUGCGUCGCACUGCAGGUCGCGUUCGCGCUGUCUGAGACGGCGCGAGGUCUCGUGAAGAAGCUCAUGUCGAUGAUCGGCGAGCUUGAGCUUGAAGACGAUGCCAAUGCCGGUUACGUUCUGCCGAGCACGGCAGGAGAAAAAGCGCCUCGUGGGCUCUGGGACGAUAAGCUCCCGAAGUACUUGCUGCUGCUGGCGGCGCUGGCUGCGGCCGUGACGUACCAGGCGGCGAUGAGCCCGCCAGGUGGCCUCUGGGGCGACGGCGGCCAUGGCGGCGGCCACGUGGCCGGCGACCCGGUGCUGGCGAGCGUCCACCCGCACCGGUACAAGGCCUUCUUCUACUGCAACGCCACGUCCUUCAUGGCGUCCCUGGUCGUCACCGUGCUGCUGCUGAUCAGGAAGGUAAGCGACACCCCGCCGGCGCUCCUGGCGCUGCACGCCGCCAUGAUCCUCGACCUGCUGGGCCUGAUGGGCGCCUACGCCGCCGGCAGCUGCAGGAGGCAGAAGACCUCUGCCUACAUCCUUGCGCUCGUCGUCGGGGUCUCCGCCUACAUCACCGUGCUCGUCUUCUUGUCCGUCGGCGUCGCCAGGUGGCUGAGAAGCGUCAUGGACAAGCUGGUGGAACGACUGACCUGGUGCUUCUUUCCGCACGAUCUCUAGAGGAGCCUGGGGUUCCAUGGGAUCCCAAUUCCCCAAAUGUGCUAGCAUUUUGAAUUUUUUUUUGUAGCAUACUGAUACUUGGUAGGAUUUCUGUUCUGUUCUCUCUGUAGUUUCUGAACUUUUCUUGGGAUCUCAAGUUUAGUUCUGACUGAACUUUUGAUGAGAUCUCAACAUGCAGUUUCUGAGCAUUUGAUGAUGGAGUGCCAAAUGCAGUUUGUGUUCCGAUGUUGUCAUGAUGCCAUAUUUUCCAAGUUUCAGUUUGGUCAAUUGAUAGUUAAAUUGACUCCGCA